CUGAGAUCCAGAGAGCCUGGAAGACAGACAGCAGCGUGCAGAAAAACACACCCGGCUUCCCCUGUGCCCCCAUGCGGAAAAAGCCCCAGGGGAGAAUUUGCCAGCUGAGCUUCAACAACAAGGAGAUACUAAGCUGACGCCAUGGAGAAUGGGAGGUGGAGUUGCGAGGACGCUCCCAGAGCUUCCAUGCCAGAUGAGCUGUCUCAUCCGAAGUUCUCCGAAUGGAAGUUUAAGCUCUUUCGGGUCAAAUCCAUGGAGAAGGCGCCGCUGCCGAAUGAAACGCCGGUGGAGAAGGAGAAUGUGGCUGAGGUGGAGAUGGAGAUGGUGGGCUCCCCGGGUAGCGUGAUGAAACUCUGUUUUGGAGGGAAGAGCAAGGAGAACGUGGAAGGAGCUCGGGAUAGAGUGGACCUUAAACUGCAGGAGAUUGACACCCACAUGAAUCUUCUGAAAACUCUAUGUCGCCUGUGCGGACUGUCCAUACGGAAAGCUAAAGGUCCAGCGCACGAGGUCCAGGGAGACUUGGAAGAAUCCAGCAGAUGUUCCCUGCGCAGGAUGGGCUGCAAGCUGGCGACCUGGCCGGAGGUCAUCUCGAAAGUCUUCAAGGUGGACGUAACAACCGACAUGGAGACGGUCCAUCCUUACAAAUUCUGUCACCGCUGUUGGACUACUGCCAUGAGAGGCGGAGGUUUCUGUACCUUCACCAGGACCAGGAUCUCGGAGUGGAAGCCCCACACCUCCCAUUGCAACAUCUGCUUCCCCAAGAAGACCUCAUUUAAGCGGAUGGGAAGGAAGCGGGCCAAGCCGGUAAAAAGUUCACACCUUUCAAAGAGAUUCAAGCAUGACUCUCCAACAUCAUCUAAUAGAGUGUGGAGACAGACCCCAGAGAGUCUAGAGACAUCAGGUGGGACGGAAUGGAUCAAACCAUCAGUUCAAAGAGGACAGUGGGUAAAGGACAUCACACAAUGCCAGCAGGACCAUCUGAACACCAAGCUGGUCUCUCAAGACAUCCCAACGGACCUGUUGCGUGCCUUUACGUGUCAAGUAUGUGAUCACCUGCUUUCCGAUCCCGUCCAGUCGCCAUGUCGACACCUGUUCUGCCGUGUCUGCAUUGCAAGGUACAGUCACGCCUUGGGUCCCAACUGUCCCACCUGCCACCAACACCUGAACCCAUCUCACUUGACUAGACCGGCAAAGUUCUUCCUCACGAGCCUCAGCUCUCUGCCGCUUGUCUGCCCCAGCGAGGGCUGCACUGAAUGGGUCCGAUUCGACUGCUUUAGAGAACACAGCCUCAACCACCGUGCCAAAGAGUCCCAAGAAGAGCAAACGUCUUCAGAGCAGAACUUAGAUGGUUACCUGCCGGUCAACAAAGGGGGACGUCCUCGGCAGCACCUGCUGUCGCUGACCCGUCGAGCCCAGAAGCACCGUCUGAGGGACUUGAAGACCCAGGUGAAGGUGUUUGCUGAUAAGGAAGAAGGGGGAGAUGUGAAGUCGGUCUGUUUGACGCUCUUCCUUCUGGCGCUGAGAGCCGGCAAUGAACACAAACAGGCAGAUGAGCUGGAAGCUAUGAUGCAAGGUAGAGGAUUCGGGCUACAUCCCGCAGUGUGUUUGGCCAUAAGGGUCAAUACCUUCCUGAGCUGCAGUCAAUAUCACAAGAUGUACCGCACUGUCAAGGCCACUAGCGGCCGCCAGAUCUUCCAGCCUCUGCACUCCCUCCGCAGUGCCGAGAAAGAGCUUCUUCCAGGCUUCCAACAGUAUGAAUGGCAACCAGCUCUGAAGAACGUGUCCAGCUCUUGGGAUGUGGGCAUCAUCGAUGGCCUCUCCGGUUGGACAUCCUCCGUGGAUGACGUCCCUGCGGACACCAUUUCUAGAAGGUUCCGCUACGAUGUGGCACUAGUUUCUGCAGUGAAAGACUUGGAAGAGGACAUCAUGGAGGGGUUAAGAGAAAGAGGGCUGGACGACAGCGCGUGCACCUCUGGUUUCACCGUGGUAGUGAAAGAAUCGUGCGACGGUAUGGGAGAUGUUAGUGAGAAGCAUGGAUCAGGCCCGGUGGUGCCUGAGAAGGCAGUGAGGUUUUCCUUCACAAUCAUGUCUAUUAACAUCCGACUUGAUGAUGAGGUGGACGCAGUCACGAUUUUUCAGGAACAGAAGCCAAACUCUGAGCUGUCCUGCAGGCCUUUGUGCCUUAUGUUUGUGGACGAGUCAGAUCACGAGACCCUGACAGCCAUCUUGGGACCGGUGGUGGCAGAGCGGAAAGCCAUGCUGGAAAGUCGGCUAAUCCUGUCUAUCGGCGGUAUGCAACGUUCCUUUAGGUUCUUCUUUCGAGGCACGGGCUAUGAUGAGAAGAUGGUACGUGAAUUGGAAGGUCUUGAAGCCUCAGGGUCCACUUAUGUAUGUACGCUGUGUGACUCGACUCGAGCCGAGGCCUCGAAGAACAUGGUGCUGCAUUCCAUCACACGCAGCCACAGCGAAAACCUUGAGCGUUACGAAAUCUGGAGGAAAAAUCCUUUCUCGGAAUCUGCUGAUGAACUCCGUGACCGUGUCAAAGGUGUUUCUGCCAAGCCGUUCAUGGAGACCCAGCCCACCAUGGACGCCUUGCACUGCGACAUAGGCAAUGCUACGGAGUUCUACAAGAUCUUUCAGGAUGAGAUUGGCGAGGUCUUUCUGAAGAGCAAUCCAAGUCGAGAGGAGCGCCGGCGGUGGCGUUCAGCCCUGGACAAACAGCUGAGGAAGAAACUGAAGCUCAAGCCCGUGAUGAGAAUGAACGGAAACUUCGCCCGACGGCUGAUGACGCGGGAAGCUGUGGAGGCGGUCUGUGAGCUCGUUCCUUCUGAGGAACGCCGUGAGGCUCUGCUGAAGCUGAUGGAUCUCUACUUCCAGAUGAAGCCUGUGUGGAGGUCCACCUUCCCGGCACGAGACUGUCCGGACCAACUAUGUCGAUACAGCUACAACUCGCAGCAGUUUGCCGAUCUCCUUUCAACCACGUUUAAGUAUCGCUAUGAUGGAAAAAUCACCAACUACCUACACAAGACAUUGGCACACGUGCCUGAGAUUAUCGAGAGGGAUGGUUCUAUCGGAGCGUGGGCCAGCGAAGGCAACGAGUCCGGUAACAAACUGUUUCGCCGUUUCCGAAAAAUGAACGCAAGGCAGUCCAAAGCAUUCGAACUUGAAGAUGUCUUGAAACACCAUUGGCUGUACACCUCCAAGUAUCUACAGAAGUUUAUGGAGGCGCACAAGAAUUCAACAAAAGCUUUGCAGGCUACGUUCAACCCAGAAGAGACUCCAGAUGAUGUUGAGAUGGCUGUUGAAAUUCCAGAUUUUUAACUUGAUUUACUUUCUUUAUUUGAUUGACUUUCUUUAAAGGACCUUAUUUUCUUGAUAAUGACUUUAUUUGUUUGACUUAAUUUCUUGAGAGCAGAUGCAAUAUCAGGUGUAAAGGUUGUAUUCUUCGCUUGAUUAUUUUUUUGAAGCUCGAACAUUAAAGCGAGCAAAAUUGUUUUAUGCCUGAGAUAAAAUUGUACGGGCAGGGUCAUAUUUUUCUGCUCCGCGUUUACAGGCAAAUUUUCUCUGUUUUAUCUCUCGCUGCAUGUGAAAUGUGAGGGAGUUUAUUGUAUUGCCAGGUUGUGACACCUUUUUAUUCAUGAAAACAUAUGAGGCAACUGUAAGUCACUGAGAUUGUGUUACAUUUAUGGUGGCUAUAUUCAUAUAUCAAAACAAAGACAAAAUUGUCUUUAUUGCAGAGACUUUCACAGUAUUGUGAUGGUGCUUCACUCAGCUCAGGUGAUUCCCAGAGACACUUUAUUUCAUUUGCACAUAAGUUUGAUCCUGUCACAUAGCCUACCUCAAAAUUCAGUUUUUGGUUCCACAGGCACAAAGGGAUAUUUGCCCCACACUAUUAAUACAAACACACUUUAAAAUAUUUCUGUAACAAUUAUUCACGUACAUUUGACCUCAAGUUAUAAAUGAUGAUUUUGUGAAAUUAGUUUCAUCGUUUAUAUUGUGUGCUUUUAAACUGUGAUUCAUGUUUUACUUCAUAAGUAUGUUUUUUUUUACUUGACUUGAUUUGAUUGAUUUCUUUGAUAUCAUACAUUGUAUGACAUUUGGUUUAGAAACUUUGGGUACUCGUGGUAAUUUAAAGGGAUACUCCACCCCAAAAUGACAUUUUAUACAGAUAUAUAUAUAUAGGUUUGGAGCAACUUGUGGGGGGGGGUAAUUCAUGACAGAAUUUUCAUUUUUAAGUGGAGUAUCCCUUUACAGUAUUUUUUUAAUGCAUCAUCACUUAUUAUUCAUUACUUAUUAUUCACAAAACCUUUGGUAAAAUCAUGAUAGAAAUAUUGUUUUUAUAUUCUUUGAUGAAUUGAUAAUAAAACACUUUGCAUUUCUUAAAUGUGAAAAUAAUGUUAUGUUGACUUGCACAAAGGCUGUGGAGAUGUUCCUGAGAUUCCUUCUUACAUUGUGUGAGGACAUUAGUUAUUGUUGCAAUUACUUAACAUUUAAUAAUUGAAUAACAUUGUUUUGAAAUAAAUUACAUUUUACUUGCCAUGUGUAUUUUAAUUAAAUAAA